GAUGCAUCCAGGAGAGGACGUGUCAGGACAUCUGGAGGUUAUUAGGACUCCAAACACAGACACAGCCUGUGAGGGCCUGCCUCGCUUCAAGAUUCCAACUGAGUCGCAGAAAAAAAACGCAGCAGGGAAUAACAGCCAACCGGAUGCCUUUGGGAUGAUCCCGACUGCAUUCGGAUGGCAGAGAACCGCUGAUGAUUACCAGAAUUCUGAAAGUGGUUUCUGAAAAGCAGUAGAUUUACAGGAUGCUUUGGAAGCUGGUGGCCAUACUGCUGUUGGCCUUGAGCGCUGGACAGAGCCAAAGAAUGCCGAUGGAUGUCGCUAUGAUACAGUAUUUUCAGACACGGCUGCAUGAGCUGGAGGAACGUGUGGUCAGAUGUGAUCAAGACCUCCAGAGGUCCAAUCAGAAGAUGUAUGACAUGUCCACCGAGGUUAGGGGCCAGCUACGCAGCAUGAGCACACUAAGGUCAGAGGUCGAAGGUCAUAUGGAUAACCUAGCCAUGCGGGUCGACCGAGUGGAGCGAGAUGUCGAAUACCUGCAGAAUAAAAUCCCAGACUCAUCCAUUGUGGAGAUCGAAGAAACUGUGCUGGAGCAAGAGGUCAAAGAAGCCCAGCUGAAAAGGAAAGCCAUGAUUGGACAGAGCAAAGAAUGCAGUACUGAGCUUGCUAGCAUAAAGUCCCAGAAAAUCGUUAAGAAGGCAGGCAGCACCCUGGGCUCCUGGAUGAAGGACCCAACCAAAGGCUCCUCGAAGAUCUACUUCUUCAGCGGCAUGAUGAACCGCACGGUGCUGGAGUUCGCGUCCCUGAAGUCCUUCACCAGUUCGGGCUCCUCGGGGCAGGUCCGGGCCAUCACACUGGCUCUGCCCUGGCAAGGCACCGGCGCCGUGGUGUUCCACGGCUUUGCCUACUACCACCACGCCGGCACACGCAACGAAGUCCUGAAGGUGCACCUGUGGAACGGCACGGUGGCCGACCGCGCGCUGCUGCCCGGAGCAGGGCGCAUGCCGGCCUAUGCCCUUACCCCCUACACCCUCCUGGACCUGGCCGUGGACGAGAUGGGGCUCUGGGCAGUCUAUGCAGAUCCGGACCUCAGGGGGAACCUGGUGGUCAGCAGGCUGGACGCGGGCAGCCUGGCCGUUGAGCAAACGUGGGACACCAGCUGCAAGAGUGUCCAUGCCGAGGGAGCCUUCUUCAUCUGUGGCAUCCUGUACGUGGUGUACAACUCUCCCUCCGGAGGGCGCUCUAGCAUCCAGUGCCUGUUUGAUAUCCACGAUACCACCUUAACUGAGGAGGUGCCUGUGAUUUUCUUUCCGAAGCACUAUGCCAGCCACUCGGGUAUGCAGUACCAUCCUAAAGACAAGCAGGUCUAUGCUUGGGAUGAUGGCUACCAGACCAUCUACAAGCUGGACAUGAAGAGAAAGUCACCAGCCACCUAAACUAGCAUCAACCGGCUAUUAGAACUAGCAAAGCAUAGUUCUGCCAUGUUUGUAACAGGUAGGCACGAGAGGUGUAAAAGCACAUACUUUAAAAAAAUCCUGGGGUCAAGAUUUGACUUUAUAUUCAGUGUUUGAUGUGUUAAAACAUACUGAUUUUAAAGGGCUUUGGUUACUAUAAAAAUUGCCUUGGUUUAAAAUGCAAAUGUUCUUUCAAAAUGCCACCCAUUUUUCUUGUUUUUCAUGUUGUUUGUUUUGUUUUUGUUUUUGUUUUCUUUACAUGCCUGUGCUACUGUGCAACUCCGGUCGGGACAGCAGGACUGUAGUGGUCCCCUGUCCCAGCAGAUCGCCCUUAUAACGGGCCAGAGACGUAAAACCCUAAAUCGUGGAGUUCUGUGAUCCAGCUGGAGUUUUACACACAUGCGCUGUGUUACAUUUGCAUGGCAGUCGCCAGUAAGUGCUUACAUGCAACUUUACAUUUACAAAACCUUACAAAACGUUGAACACAAAUUAUUAAAAAAUAAACACUAAAAAGGACAAAUAACCCCAGGUCAACAUAAACAACUUCUUAUAAUCUUAUAUAUUAUCU